AUGGCGGAGUCCGGUGGCGGCGGCGGCGCUGGUGGCGGCGGCUUCGGCGCGGGCCCGGGCCCCGAGCGUCCGAGCAGCAUGGCUGACAAAAAUGGAGCUCUCAAGUGCACCUUCUCGGCGCCCGGCCAUAGCACCAGCCUCCUGCAGGGUCUUGCUGCCCUCCGUGCCCAGGGCCAGCUGCUGGACGUUGUACUCACCAUCAACAGAGAGACCUUCCAUGCACACAAGGUGGUCCUGGCCGCCUGCAGCGACUACUUCAGGGCCAUGUUCACGGGUGGCAUGAGGGAGGCGAGCCAGGACAUCAUCGAGCUGAAGGGCGUGUCCGCCCGCGGCCUGCGGCACAUCAUCGACUUUGCCUACAGUGCCGAGGUGACGCUGGACCUGGACUGCGUGCAGGACGUGCUGGGUGCGGCCGUGUUCCUGCAGAUGCUUCCCGUGGUGGAGCUGUGCGAGGAGUUUCUUAAGGCCGCCAUGAGUGUAGAGACCUGUCUGAACAUCGGCCACAUGGCCACCACCUUCAGCCUGGCCUCACUCAAGGAGUCCGUGGAUGCCUUCACCUUCCAGCACUUCCUGCAGAUCGCGGAGGAGGAGGACUUCCUGCACCUCCCGCUGGAGCGCCUGGUCUUCUUCCUGCAGAGCAAUCGGCUGCAGAGCUGCGCCGAGAUUGACCUGUUCCGCGCGGCGGUCCGCUGGCUGCAGCACGACCCGGCCCGGCGGCCGCGUGCCAGCCACGUGCUCUGCCACAUCCGCUUCCCGCUCAUGCGGUCGUCAGACCUGGUGGACAGCGUGCAGACGCUGGACAUCAUGCUGGAGGAUGUGCUGUGUCGGCAGUACCUGCUGGAGGCCUUCAACUACCAGGUGCUCCCCUUCCGGCAGCACGAGAUGCAGUCCCCGCGCACGGUCGUGCGCUCUGACGUGCCCUCCCUGGUCGCCUUCGGUGGCACGCCCUAUACCGACAGCGACCGCUCUGUCAGCAGUAAGGUGUACCAGCUGCCCGAGCCCGGCGCCCGCCACUUCCGGGAGCUCACCGAGAUGGAGGUGGGCUGCAGCCACACGUGCGUGGCCGUCCUGGACAACUUCGUGUACGUGGCCGGGGGCCAGCACCUGCAGUACCGCAGCGGCGAGGGCGCCGUGGACGCCUGCUACCGCUACGACCCCCACCUGAACCGCUGGCUGCGCCUGCAGGCCAUGCAGGAGAGCCGCAUCCAGUUCCAGCUGAACGUGCUGUGCGGCAUGGUGUACGCCACGGGCGGCCGCAACCGGGCCGGCAGCCUGGCCUCGGUCGAGCGGUACUGCCCGCGGCGCAACGAGUGGGGCUACGCCUGCUCUCUGAAGCGCCGCACCUGGGGCCACGCGGGCGCCUCGGUGGGGGGCCGCCUCUACAUCUCCGGCGGCUACGGCAUCUCCGUGGAGGACAAGAAGGCGCUGCACUGCUACGACCCUGCCGCCGACCAGUGGGAGUUCAAGGCACCCAUGAGCGAGCCCCGCGUGCUUCACGCCAUGGUGGGGGCCGGCGGCCGCAUCUAUGCCCUCGGUGGCCGCAUGGACCACGUGGACCGCUGCUUUGACGUGCUGGCGGUGGAGUACUACGUGCCCGAGACGGACCAGUGGACCAGCGUGAGCCCCAUGAGGGCCGGCCAGUCGGAGGCUGGCUGCUGCCUGCUGGAUAGGAAGAUCUAUAUCGUGGGGGGCUACAACUGGCGCCUCAACAAUGUGACGGGCAUCGUGCAGGUGUACAACACGGAGACGGACGAGUGGGAGCGCGACCUGCACUUCCCAGAGUCCUUCGCGGGCAUCGCCUGUGCCCCUGUCCUGCUGCCCCAGUCAGGGACCAGGAGGUAGCCCCUUGGACCCCUGGGAUCCCUGGGACCCGGCCCAGCCUCAGGCUGUCUCUGUGAGGGGCGUGGUGAGCGCACACUGGGGCCGAGAACCACAGAACCACCCCGGGCUCAUGGGCUGACGUCUCGGCGCCUGUUGUGUUGAUGAGGUCCCCUUCUGGGGUCCCUCCUUCCUUCCCAGAGUAGGUCCUGGCUUCGUGCGCACCGAGGGAGCCUGCCACCGAUGAGGCUGCCGUGGCGGCAGAGUCACUCCCAAGGAGGUUUCCUCUCCUGCCCCACAUCCCUGCUCACGGAGGGAAUCAGGGUCUCCUUUGAGGUGUGGUUGUGUGGCUUUGUCCCACUUCUCUCCUCCCCUAGCU